AUGGCUCCCAACGUCGAGGGCGAAGCGCCUCACAACAACUUCGAUACUAUACUUGUCCUUGACUUUGGAUCCCAAACCAGCCAUCUUAUUCUGCGUCGGCUCCGAGCUUUGGGCGUCUUCGCUGAGCUGCUCCCGUGCACCACCAAGGUCAAUGAUCUGACAUGGAAGCCUAAAGGAAUUGUGUUCUCUGGAGGCCCUUCUUCUGUCUACGAUGACGGCGCGCCCCAUGUUGACCCCGCUGUAUUUGAGCUUGAUGUACCCAUUCUGGGUAUCUGCUACGGGUGCCAGGAGAUCGCAUGGCGGAUUGAUUCAAAGAAUGUUGCCCGUGGAGAAGCACGAGAGUAUGGCCAUGCCGAUGUCAAUAUCGCCAAGGUGAAUAGUCAUGUCGACCGCCUCUUCGCUGGUUUGGGAGAUGAAAUGCCUGCGUUCAUGUCCCACUUCGACAAGCUAGUUAGCCUGCCUACCGGCUUUGUGGUCAUUGCCGCCACCAAGAACUCGGAGUACGCCGGCAUCGCCCAUGAGGAAAAGCCUAUCUUUGGCGUUCAGUUUCAUCCUGAGCUUGAACAUACCCCCCGUGGAACCGAGCUCCUCCGCAACUUCGCAGUUGAUAUCUGCGGGGCUCAACCGAACUGGAAAAUGGGCGAUUUCGUGCAGCUUGAGAUCGCUCGUAUCCGGGAGCUUGUUGGCGAUCGAGCACUUGUGCUUGGCGCGUGUAGCGGUGGUGUGGAUAGCACUGUAGGAGCGUCCAUAAUGCGUGCAGCCAUCGGUGACCGCUUCAAGGCUAUCCUCAUCGAUAAUGGAUGUAUGCGUCUCAACGAGUGCGAGGAGGUCAAGCAGACGCUCGGAGAACACCUUGGCAUCAACCUCACAGUUGUCGACGCCGGCGAGCUGUUCUUGAGUCGUCUUGCCGGUGUUUCUGAUCCCGAAAAGAAACGAAAGAUCAUUGGGUCAACUUUCAUCGAUCUGUUCGAGAAAGAAGCUAUCAGGAUCGAGAAAGAAGCAGAGAACACACCCAACACCGGGAAGGUGGAAUGGUUUUUGCAGGGCACACUGUACCCUGACGUUAUCGAAAGUUUAAGCUUCCGAGGCCCAUCGGCCACUAUUAAGACUCACCACAACGUAGGCGGUCUACCUGAGCGGAUGAUGAACGGCCAAGGUUUACGUCUGAUAGAGCCAUUGAGGCUGUUAUUCAAAGAUGAAGUUAGGGCAAUCGGCCGACAGCUUGGCAUCCACGAGUCGCUAGUAAAUCGCCAUCCCUUCCCAGGCCCUGGCAUUGCUAUUCGCAUCCUCGGCGACGUUACUAAGGAGCGAGUGGAGAUCGCACGCAAGGCCGACCACAUUUUCAUCAGCAAGAUCAGGGAGGCUGGCCUUUACGACCAGAUAUCUCAAGCCUAUGCUGGUCUCGAUACCAAUCGUAGUGUUGGUGUUUUUGGCGACCAGCGAGUUUGGGGUUACAUCAUAAUUCUCCGUGCUGUCCGUACCAAAGACUUCAUGAGCGCGGAGGUGUUCAACUUUGAUAAUUCCUUCCUCGCUGAUGUCUCCCGCACUAUUUGCAACCAGGUAGAUGGUGUAUCCCGCGUGGUCUAUGAUCUAACCUCAAAGCCUCCCGGUACUAUUGAGCUGGAAUAG